AUGUUCGCGGAGAUAAACCGGCGGACGCUCGCAUUCCGCGGCGGCGGCGUCGUCACCUCCGCGGCGGCCGCCUCGGCGGCGGGGGCCGAGGCCUGGGAGCGGCAGGACCCCGAGGCGCUGAACGGGCGCGGGGCGGACGAGGAGGCGGAGCUGGAGGGGCUGGAGGCUGAGGAGCUGGAGGCCACCGCCGCCGAAGAGAAGGAGCUGCUGCUGCCCCAGGACGCGGCGUCGCCCCCCGCCGCCGCCGGCCCCAUGUUCGCCGAGAGGAACCGCCGGACUCUGGCCUUCCGCGGCGGCGGGGGGCUUCUGGCCGCCCACCCCGCCGCCAACAAUGGCUGCGAGGCCGCGGCCUGGCCGCGGAAGCACUUCAAUGGGCGGGGGGCGGACGAGGAGAUGGAGCUGGAGGGCGCGGAGGGACUGGAGACGGAGGGGCUGCUGGAGGGCAAGGAGCUGGUCCAGGACGGGGGUUCGCUGAGUGACAGCAGCGACGACGAGGAGGACGGAGAAGGGGGCAGCCUGGGCGACGGCAGCGGCGCCGAGGGCGGCAGCUGCAGCAGCAGCCGGCGGUCGGGGGGCGACGGCGGGGACGAGGCGGAGGGCAGCGGCGAGGGGGAGAGCAUCCGGCACUUCCCACUGGCCAGGCCCAAGUCCCUGCUGCAGAAGAUGCACAUCUCCUUCCAGGGCUCCUGGCUCAAGGAGUUCCCGUGGCUCUACUACUGCCAGGAGACCGGCCUCAUGUCGUGCGCCUGGUGCACCGCGGCCGUCGCCGCUGCUGCGCCCCCCGAGGUGAUCAUGUCCGGCGCGCCCCUGCCCGGGGGGCACGACGAGCUCUGCAAGGGCACCCGCAACUACAAGCGCACCCUGCUCCUGCGGCACCACCUCUCCGCCGAGCAUCGCCUCAACGAGCCCGGCAGCGCCGAGCAGGAGGCAGAGUUACCAUCAGAACUGAAUAAUGAAGGAUACUGUGAUUUUAACAGCAGGCCAAAUGAGAACUCUUACUGCUAUCAGCUCCUGCAAGAGCUCAACGAGCAGAGGAAGAAAGGCAUUCUUUGUGAUGUUAAUAUUGUGGUGAGCGGGAGGGUCUUCAGAGCUCACAAGAACAUCCUGGUUGCAGGCAGCCGCUUCUUUAAGACUCUGUAUUGCUUUACAAACAAAGAAAGCCGUAACCAAACCACUGUUACCUAUUUAGACGUUGUUGCUGUUCAAGGUUUUUCUGUCAUCUUGGACUUCUUGUAUUCUGGUAACCUCGUGCUUACGAGCCAAAACGCCAUUGAAGUGAUGUCGGUGGCCAGCUACCUUCAGAUGACGGAGGUUGUCCAGUCCUGCCGCAACUUCAUUAAAGAUGCCUUAAACAUAAGUAUAAAAUCAGAAGCUCCAGAGACUGUUGUAGUGGAUUACAACAGAAGAUCUGUUAGUAGGGAUGGUUUAUCUCCAAGGGAUCAAAAAGUUGCCAGCUUCUGGGCAACACGAAACCUUACCAACUUGGCAAGUAGCAUAAAAACUGAGAAUGAUCCCUACCCUAUUGAUGAGGGCCAAAUGGAAAGCUACCAAAUGAAUGACUGCAGUUGGGUCCAGGACAGCUCACCUGAAAUGGCUGAAAAUGAAUCUCAAGGUGAGGGAAAAGUUUUCGUGUGGAAUGACAUGGGUGCACAGGGACAGUCAGUUCAAGAGCCUGGAAAAGCAAGAAGGAAAAACCAAACUGCAAAGAGAUUUAUUUAUAAUAUACCACCUAAUACUGAAGAGAACUCUGAAGAUUGCUCAGUGUUGCAACCGUCAGUCCCAUAUCCAGAAGAAGAUUUGUCAUUUAUUAAAGAAGAAGCAGCUACUUCAAGUGACUUCAAGUAUGGACUGUUGCCGGGUACUUCAAAUGACUUCAAGUACGGAUUGCUGCCGGGUACUUCAAGUGACUUCAAGUAUGGGCUGCUACCGGGUACUUCAAGUGAUUUCAAGUAUGGAUUGCUGCCAGAAUCUUGGCCAAAAGAAGCUUGGGAAAAUGGCGAUUCCUCUGCUUUAAUCAUGAACAAGUUGAAGUGUCCACACUGUAAUUAUGUAGCCAAAUACAGAAGAACACUAAAGAGACACUUGCUCAUUCACACAGGCGUGAGAUCUUUCAGUUGUGACAUCUGUGGGAAGCUGUUUACACGAAGAGAGCAUGUAAAGAGACAUUCCUUGGUGCAUAAAAAGGAUAAAAAGUAUAAGUGUAUGGUGUGUAAGAAGAUUUUCAUGCUAGCAGCCAGCGUUGGAAUAAGACAUGGAUCACGACGUUACGGAGUUUGUGUAGACUGUGCAGAUAAAUCUCAGCCUGGAGGGCAGGAGGGAGCAGACCAGGUGCAGGACACAGAUUUCCCUAGGGAUGAAGAAUAUGAAGAAAAUGAAGUGGGAGAAGGCGAUGAGGAGCUUGGUGAUGAUGUAGAAGAACAGAAUGACCAGUCUCGAUGGGAUGAAGGCGGGGAAGUCUGUAUGCCUUUAGAUGACUGACAGAGCAUAUGACUUCAGGGUGCUGCAAAUGGACACUGUAUGGAUUGACUGUUUGAAUUUUUGGACUGAAGGCUUGCGAAAUAUGGUACAGGCUGGAUGGUAGUUAUGUUGCUGUGAAAAUGUAGGGUCAAAGCCUUAUAGCAAAAAAAGGAUUAUUAAUUUUUUUAUGAUAUUUGCACAGGACUGUACAGCAUACAACCGUUUGGUUGAAUUAUACAGAGUCCUCACAUCUACAGUCAGUUAUCAAAAGAAAAAUGUAUUUUUUAUUAUUUAUAGGCUAUAGCUACUUGGGUCCUAUUCAGACAUAGUAGUAACUGUAAUUAUGUUACACAUUCAUGUAUCCGUUAACAUGAAUGAAGAAAAUUGCAAUUUGGUAUGGAAAUACAAAGACAGCUUUCCCAAAUCCACUCGUACUUUUGUCAGCGAGUCAGUGAAGCUAAUUUGGGCUGGUGGCUCAUUUUCCACAAGCAUGUCUUUGCCAUACAAACCUUACCUCUCCUGUAAUCUGUAGGUGAAAGCCAAUCAUUUAAAUAUGUGUCACAGAUAUUGCCAACAUCGUAUUGAAAUUUGGGUGGAAAAGUUUUGGCUCUAUGCUGGCAGGUGCUAUGGGAGAUAAGCACUGGAGAAGUUUUUAAUGGCAUUAAUUUAGUGUCUGUUUUUAAAGAAGGUUGUUGUUGAUUCAUCAGUUUUAAAAUGAUAAUGCAGAAGAAAUGACCAGUAAUGAAAAUAAUAGACUGAUCAGAGCAUGGUAACUCCUGUGCCACUUAGUCAAAAGAGACAGUCAUGCUAAAAGGUAUCUGAUGUAAUAAUGUUUCUUCUCUCUUCUAAGGCCCCUCUUCUCUCAAAAUUUUUUUGUUUCCCUGGUGUAUACCUCAGUCCCACAGAAUAAAAAUGCAAGGAAUGGAGAAAGUGUCAUAUUAAAACAACUUUUUGGUCAAUAAUUUCUUACUUGUCCGUUUUUUGGCUAGUUUAUGUGAUGUGAAUUGGACACUAGGCUAUUGUGCCCAUCGUUCAUCAUUGAACACAAACUAUUUUUUAUUCUUUUGUACUUCAUGGGUUGUUGUUAGUAUUUAAUGUAAAGAAACUACAUUUAACUUGCUUGUUUGCUGGAUUUUUUUUUAAGAGAAACAAGAAGUCCAAAGGAAAAAAUGCUCUUUGUUUCAGAUUUUCUAGGAGGCAUUGAAACUUGAAUUUUUGUAGCCACGUAUUUUUUUUUUUCCUAAGCUUGUAAUAUUGUACCAAUGAUUUCAGGCCCCUUUCAUAGGGAGGGGAGGGCAUUACACCUUCACCUUAAACUCCUCUGUGUUGUCUAGCCUAAGGCAAGUUAAUUCAGGCAAUCAUUGGAACAAUAAGUCUGAUGUACUAUUAUGUCACAGUGAGUAAAUAUGCAGAGAGCAUUUGUCAUGACAUGUAGCUAGGCCAGUGUGACAGUACUGUAUAAAAAUCAAUUGAGGGUCACCAUAUUUUUCAACUUUGUUUAAUUUUAAAAUGAGUAUUUUUUUCCUAUUUUAUGUCAGGUAACUAAAUUAUGGUAGUUGUGUGGGUAACUUUGAAUUAUGCUCUGAUGGACAAAAUCUUACUGGUGCUCCAUCUGAUCAAAGUUGGUAUGUAUUUAAAGAGACAAGCUUUACUGUUGUCCAUAGAACAGUAACAUAAUGUUAAGACAUUGUUUUUGCUGAUGGAAACUGAGAUGAUAAGUUUGAACUACAGUUAUAUGGGAAUUAAAAUGCUUUUUUUUUAUCAUCCACUUGUUUCAUUGGUAGUUUCCACAUCAUUGUAAACCUGACAUGAAUAGUUUUUUGGGGAGGGUGGGGAGGGUGGGAUACCUUUUUUUACACUGAAGAUUACAUUUUAUUCUCAUUGUUCUAGACUGAAAUGAGUAAUGUGUGAUUCUGGUGGGGUCCAAAGUAGAAAUUAGUUGGGCAAAGAUGAUAUGAAUGAAAAAGUAUUUUAAACGUUAAAGUAAUGUUCUGCUUUGUGAAUAUGUAAGUAUAGCAUAAAGAUUUUUCCAUCCCAUUUAUCCCUUUUAAAACCAUAGUUUACAAUUGGUAGAUCUGUCUAUAUAUAUAAAUAUAUAUAUAUAUGAAAUUCACCUAAAUCUGCUUUAUUAGAAUACUGCUCACUUAAUGCUUAGAAACUGGACCUGGCUCUACAUUUUUAAUGUAUUUUCCUUUUUUUUUCUUUUGUUUUGUUGGGAUUUUUUUCCUCAAGGUAUGAACUUAUUCUCUUGGAACUGAAUCUUCUUUUACUACUUAAAUCAUUUAUGUAUAUCUGGUAAAUUAUGACCAAAUUUGUUGUUAGACUGCAUUACAGUAAAUUGAAAUAUACACUUGGUACACUACAGAAUUGUUGUGCUUUUGUUCUGGUUCUGUUUGGAAAAGCAGGCCUUAGUAAACAUUUGUGUUAUUUAUACCUAUUCAGUUAUUUUUCACUGGCCUUAAUAUUCUGUUGCAUUGUGACAAUCAUAAUUUCCUUGGUAAAGCUUAAAUGCUUGCUUUUAGAAGUUGUAUGUAAUUGCCCAUGGUAGGUUGGAGAGAGAGGGUGACUGUCUCUAGCAAACUGUGUGAAAUACUUCAAUGCAGGUCCACUGUUCUUGUCUUGGAGAACCAUAAGAAUUCAGGUGCUAUCUCCAGUCUGGUUUUUCUGAGUUGUUUUAUUUAGAAAUUAUUUUAAAUAUGUUAGCUUGAUUUGUUAUAGUUCUAAAUUAAUAAAACAAAACUUCUGAAGACUUAGUUCUUGAGAGACAGGCUCAAGUUUCUUCACUAUUAUAAGAAUUAGGGAGAGAUUUCUCUUUGUGCAAGGAAUUCUUUUUCCCUCAAGAAAGGCUGAAGUUAUGCUGCAGUAACACAGCAAUGGAUUUUGUCUGUUUUGAGAUUUUUUUUCCAUUUUAAAAGAAGACUGAUGCCCUUUGCAUUUAUCAAAUGAAAAGAUAUUCAGUCUUUCAUUUUGUCUUCUGAUGAAAUAAUUUUUGACCCAAAUGUCUGCAAUUUGUGAAUUUGGGCAAUGCCACACAAGUAGUUUUAUGAAAAGCAUCAUGUCUAUUACUAAAACAAAGUCUGUCUGAUGUUGGGAUUCUCCUUUUCUCUGAGGGUUUUUGUUUGCUUUCUGCUCUCUUCCAGCAGUAGUGGGUAAAUUUUACAGAUAAUCAUACAGAACAGUUUCUGGCAGGGCACCGUGAUGCAGGACAAAAUUAGUAAGUAAAAUCACUUUAGAUUCACAAGUAGAAGUUCUGGUCAAAGUAGGUCAAAUGAUGUAAGGAAGACACACAACAUAAAAUGUUUUUGCCUUAUGUCAGUGUUACUACAGUGCAUUAAAAAGCAUUUUUCAAUUGCAAUGACAGAUGCAUCUUACAGGGAAAAUGGCACUUUCCAAUUACUUAGACACAUUUUGUAGUUCAGCUUCCAAACAAUCCUCUAGUAAAGUAAUUUCUGCCAUGAAACCAGUUUGGAAAACCAGAAGUUGUAUUUACUUGUCAGCAUGCAUCUUAAGAAGUAUGAGUAGCAAUUACUUCUUCCCAUAGUGCACACCUGGUUUUUGAGAUGUGUAGCCUUCUGCAAAUGCAGUUUUCAGGUAUCACUACAUGUCACUACUCUUUCUUCUGACAAGAAUAAGCAUUAUCAAGUGAAGAAAAGUUGGGGGCCAGGACACUGGCAUGAGGUGUGCUCCUAGUUGUGGGUCACAGCAGUAAUGCUGUUAGCAGAAGAUUCUUUCCUUCCUAGCUUUAAGCUUUUAAUAGGAUUUGCUUUAAUGAGGCCAAUCUCAGUUGUUAGCUUGCUUUUAAGUUUUGUUUCACUUGACUUUUCUUGCUCUUGCCACCCAGUAACACAAGUCUCCCACCUGUUCCAAAAUACUUUUGUAGUUCUGCUGAUUCCACAUAGAUGAAAAAUUCACUUCUGUAAGUACUGUACCUUGUUUGCUGUUCCUUUUUUACUUUGGUGUAUUUAAAUGGCUUUAGAAACAGAAAUGAAAGCAAGACAAUUGACACCACCACCAGCCCAAAAAACUUGUGCCAAAUGAAAAAAGGAGCAAAAUGUGGAGUGCAAUGUGAUAAGAAAAAGGCUGUUGAGUUUGCAUUGUUACAACUCCUCUGGUUUGUUACUUGAAUGUUUUGGACAAUUCACUGUACUUUUCUCUAGCACUAGUUGGUGACAACCUUCUGAUGAAGAAGCUAUGCAAGAAGCCCACUUUUGAGUUUAUUCAGUGUCUUCAGAAUGUGGUUCAGCCUCUGCAGAGGUAGUAGCACGAGUAGUUUUCUGUAGAUAUUUUACUGUAGAUCCUUCUGUUAGCAUCCCUCUUCACUGUGUGAUCUCAUGUUUUUAUUUGAUAAAUGUUGGCUCCUUUGCCUUUUAUACAUUUUAAUAGCACAUCACUGUGCAUUGCUGAACAGUAUGGUGAAGGUUACAUAUUGACACAAUGGAAAAGAGAAAGAAGUUGGUUUUUAUUCAGUAUCUUUUAACAAACCUGUAAUAAAAUAAUUCCUAUGUAAUAAAGAAAAUACAGGUUUGAAAUCCAGGGGAAGGGGUGUUGCUGAUCAGAACACUUUACCAUUAAUGAUUCCGUGUAUAAUUUUCCAUGGGUUGUAAAAAUAAUUUUAUGUGGGAAAAAACUUAAAACUACACUAGAAAGGUCCUAUGACUUAAACUUGAAAAUAAAAUUGGCUUAUCAAGUACUUUGUAUUUGACAUUUUUGCAAUUUGAAGUGAAUGUUUUAAAUAAGCUAUACAUGUUUCUUAUCUGAAUCAAUUGGGUUACCCACUUCCGGAUGCAGAUAAAAGUAACUUCUCACUAACAUUUUGGUGUGUAAACAUAACUUCAAGACUUCUAAUACUCUGUGCACCAGUCUAAGUUGCCAUGCUGCAAAUAAAUUGAAGAAAUAAC